CCCGUUAUUGGAAUCGAGGCACCUGUUGUGACACUAUUUUGCCUCAGGCGGAAACGUCAGAGCGAGACCCGCUCUUCUCCACUUGUCCCUUUCAACAGUUUCGUCAAGAUCACUUUGUAUCGAUUUAUUAUGGAGCGAAAGCAACUCAUUGCGGAGGUGGUACGUUACGAUCCCAGACUAGCCGAUCUCCCGCGUGCAAACCUUUUCCUACUUUGGUUCUCGGAUAUCGAGUCCUUCAGAAGUCUGCAAGCGAAGAAGAUGAAAUUCCCUAUGCUCCUUCAUAUGACUACAAGGGUUCCAAAUUUGACGAUUCCUGGAAUUGCGAAUAAGGAGUGCCUGCAACGCGACAAUACCACAUGCGUCCUAACUGGGGGUGAUCAGCCCGGGCUUGAGUGUGCUAAUGUCGCACCCUACAAAUUGAAGGAUCGAGUCAGCAAGCGGAAAGCUAAACUCCUCAGUGGCCCAAAUCACCAGGACCUGAUCAACACCGAACAGGUCAAGAAUCUAGUACCCCUUGGGACCCAAGAAAGCUGUUAUCAGGAGAGUUGUCUGUGUGCUUUCCUCAUGUGA